AAUUUACUAUUUCUACCACUCUGACGUAACGCCCAUCCAGUCCAAUGAAACUGUAGCUCGAUAGGCUCUAUUGGUAGCGUAAACAUCUUCAACUUCGAAGGAAAAAAUAUAUAUGCAAACCCUCUACUGCUUCCCAGUCCCACAUAUCAUGCUAUUGGAAAACUCACCCCACCCCACCAUUCCAUUCACGCCAAUCAUCCACCGACUUCUCCUUCGAUACCAGAAUCCUUCACAAUUGUGAAAUCCUCGUGAAUUCCCUCAAAAUCCAACAAUCAUUUUGCAAAGUUCCCAGGCAGGUUUUUAACUCAAGAUCCAAUAGACUGACACAGACACUGUGUAUAUAUCGACAUCAAGAUGGAGGUUUCUAGUACAGCUUCUCCUAGAAUGAGCUUGGAUCAGCUACAAAAGGAGGGAUCUGAAGAAACCCAUUUGCAAAACUCUGAGCUUGAAUCAUCUGAUUUUAGUGAUAGGCAUAAUCAUCAAUUCCAUUCAAUGAGUGCGUUGGAGAUCCUGAGAGAAACAGUGAGGAUUCUCCGAUGUAAUUCAUGGUCGUUUAUGACGAUCGCUGCUUUGCUUAUUUGCCCAGUAUCUGCCAUUCUUUUGUCAAAUGUAUUGGUUGAUCAGUCUAUUGUUAAGAAAUUGAGUAUUAGGCUUUUGUUGGUUGCCAAAUCCAGUGGACUCCCAUUGGGGCCUUUUAUCAAACAGUCGUGUCAUCGUUUUUCCGAGAUGGCUGUUUCGUCUGCCAUGUGCUUCCCAUUGUUUAUUACCUUGUCUUUGUUGUCGAGAGCUGCGGUGGUUUAUUCUGUAGAUUGCACUUAUUCGAAGAAAAAUGUCGACGGUUCAAAGUUUUUGGUGAUAGUGAGUAAAAAUUGGAGAAGGGUUGUUUCUACGUAUCUGUGGUCGAGUUUGGUGAUUGUUGGUUGUCUCACAUUAUUCUGUGUUCUUCUUUUAGCUGCUUGCAGUGCAUUUUCGGCAAUUGGGUUUUGGCAAGAGUUAAAUCUAUAUGCUGCAAUAAUAGCGGGGCUAGCUUUCUCAGUUGUUUUUGCAAAUGCGAUUAUUAUUUGCAAUACUGCUGUUGUGGUCUGUAUGUUGGAAGAUGUUUCAGGGCCGCAGGCACUGCUCCGGUCCAGUGUUUUAAUUAGGGGACAGACUCAGGUGGGUCUUCUGAUAUUUCUUGGAUCAACAAUUGGGAUGGCAAUGAUAGAAGGUUUGUUUGAGCAUAGGGUGAAGACAUUGAGUUAUGGAGAUGGGUCUUCCAGGAUUUGGGAAGGUCCUCUUUUAGUUGUUAUGCAUUCAUUUGUGGUGCUUAUUGAUUUGAUGAUGAGUGCAGUUUUCUACUAUAGUUGCAGAUCUUAUAGUAUGGAAACCUCGGAUGGUGAAUGCCAGUCAAUUUUAGAGACAGUCACUGUUUCUGCUGAAUCUGUGGGUACUCCAUGAUGUGAUCAUGUGAAAUGAUUACCAUUGUAGAGUUUUCUCCAGUUAAUGAAGGCAGGACUUGUGUGAGAAAAUUAUGGUUACGUUGCUAUUCUCAUUUUCUCACUACUUCUAAAGAACUCUCAUGGGAACUUUUCACUAGCCAUUAGCAUGCAAAGAUUUAAGGCUGGUGCUUACCUCAGAUGAUUAUCUAGUUUUCUUUACAAAUGUCACUGGAAUGCAAUAUAUCACAUUUUUAGUAUUCUGCAGGAGAUGAAACAAAAUCAGAACAGGCAUGUGAAGUUUGAUGGGUACAGUAUCGUUGUAUAAAGAUAUAAUCCUUGGAGAACCUUUGAAAAUGAUAGCAACCUUUUGUUUA